AUGGAGGUAAUUGAACUGUAUAUCUACGCUAAAACCAAUCUUAUUCUUCUAAGAUUUUUCACUGGGACCGAGCCCAUGGAAUCGCUGAGCGGUUUCCAUAUGUUUGAUAAUAUAUCGCGGUCGGCCUACUGCUGGAGCGAUAGAGUGAAAGAAAACCUGCUGCAGUUGAAAGCCAGUAAUUGGCGAGAGCUGGCAAAGGAGAGGGAGCGCUGGAAGAUUCUCAUUUCGGAGGCAAAGAAACUUUUUGGAUUGCCGAGCCAGCGGACAACCCUGCAGCUUACGGGUAGCGCAAACAAAGUGCGCAAACGGUGCCGGUACCAGCUCAUGCAAUUAUCUAAUUACGAACGCGAGCGUGGCGGCAAAACGUACGCAAACAUGACGUCACACGGAUUACCGUGUUUGCUAAAUUUGGACAGCUACGGCUAA